AGUACAAUCGGCUCAAUUUCGUAGUAUUGCUCCGAUUAGAUCGGCGUCGUUUCGAUGGCCGCCGUUCGAUCCGGCCUGGUCGACAUUUUUGUUCAGGGACAAUGGCAUCGUGUAUUGGCUACUCUCGAUCCAACUGCUAUCACAUUACAAACAAUGGAGCAGAAUGAGGCUGAAGCAGAGAAACGGACAGUUCGAGUUGUGAAAUAUGAUGGAAAUGGAUUAGGAAUUUCAAUUAAGGGAGGCAGAGACAACAACAUGCCUAUUGUGAUCAGCAAAAUCUUCAAAGGAAUGGCAGCGGAUCAGGCUGGAGAACUAUUUCUUGAUGACGUCAUUAUCUCUGUGAAUGGAGAAAACCUUCUCGAUGCUUCACACGAAGAAGCUGUAAGAGCAUUGAAACGAGCUGGACGGGUUGUUGACUUGCAAGUACAGUAUAGAAGAGAGGAUAUGAUGCAUCGGGAAAAUAUUGUGGAAAAUGUUGAAUGGGAUGAUGAUAUUCGGGAACGAGUUAGAACAAUUGGUUUAAAGCUUGCAUAUGUGGCAAGAGCUGGAAUAGAUGCAGAUGCAGAAGGUAGAAUUCUAGAAAUGAGAAGUCCAUCAGGAAGGUAUUCCCUAGCAAUGAGAUGUUCAAGUAGUGAAGAAGCAGAUGGAUGGUUUGAAGCUUUACAUGCCUGUACCACGUGUCUUCUGACUCAGGCACUGGCUCAAGUCAAUAUAAUGCUCGGUAACAACCCCCAAGUGAGACAUAUGGGUUGGAUUGCAGAACAAGUAUCAGAAAAUGGAAUUUCAAUGUGGAAACCUAAAUUUAUGACGCUUACGAAUAGUGAGAUCUUGUUCUAUGAAGCUGUUCCACAGCUGAAAGCAGAAUGGGCAGAGCCAAGACUAGUACGUCCUCUGGUGGCAACAAGAGUCGUUCAGACAAGUUCUCGAACUGCGCCAGUAAUUAAAGGUCUCACUGAUGUGAUCUCUUUCCGUAUGAGAACUGGAACUCAACAAGGUGUUCGGACACAUACGAUCCGGGUAGAAACUCAUGCAGAACUGGCACGAUGGGUUCGUGCAGUAGUGAUCGGUGGAUAUGAAGCAUGUCUUUCUACAUCUCAAGUCUCUGCUCCUUGUCUUUGGCGAGGCGAAUCAUGCGAACUAAUAGUUAAUCUAGACAAUGGAAUAUCAUUACUUUCGUCGACUGGAGAGGUACUGUGGCAACAUUCGUUUGAAACGAUUCGCGCCACCGGCGAUGAUGGUGGUCGUUUUCUCUGGGUCGAUUUUGGACCACCACAUGGUGAACAGGAAUUGGAUUUGCUAAAUUCCGCAAAGCCAGUCGUGUUCAUUCUUCAUUCAUUUCUCGCCACCAAGGUGUAUCGAUUAGGAUUGUACGCGUGAAGCAUCAAAAGAUUCGUUAUUUGUUCAAGUUUGCCAAACAAAAAGACUGCAGCAAUACCACAUUCCGUCUCCUGCCUCUUCUCGUCAUAAUAGAUUUUAUUCGUUUAAGAUUUGUUAGAUUUUAUUAAAUGAAAAACAAUGAAAAAUUAUGAAUAAACGAACCUGUGUAACUCUUUG